UAGAGUGAUGAAUGUGCACCAUGAUACACAGUCUAAUUUCACAAUUCAAUACACACGUGAGCUAAUUCCAAAAGUCUCCAUCUUUCUCCCCAAAUGCCUGAAACAAGAAUCCACAUUGUGGGAUUCUCUAGCCGACGCAGUAAAAAUCCAGUCUUUUAGGCAUUAUCAAUGGCUACUUCCAUCGAGCUCCAUGCUGGUUUCCACCUCAAGCCCUACCCCUCGUCCGCUUGCCAACGGCCGAGGUCUCUCCAUUCGAGAUUUUCAUGUCAGUCAAAUGGGCCGGUCACGAUAGCUCCGUCGGUUCCAGCAGCAUAUGCGGAUGCUGACGCACGCAAGCAAGAGCGCACUGUCAUUCGUCUCGGCCUCCCCAGUAAGGGUCGCAUGGCCGAAGAAACCCUAACCCUUCUCAAGAAUUGCCAGCUAAUGGUGAGGCAGGUGAACCCGCGGCAAUACGUGGCCGACAUUCCACAGCUUUCAAACCUUGAAGUUUGGUUUCAAAGGCCCAAAGACAUAGUGCGUAAAAUGCAGUCAGGAGAUCUUGAUCUUGGUAUCGUGGGCCUGGAUACUGUUUGCGAGUAUGGACGGGGGAAUGAGGAUCUUAUUUUAGUCCAUGAUGAGCUUGCGUAUGGAGAUUGCCGUUUAUCCAUUGCAAUUCCCAUGUAUGGGAUUUUUGAAAAUAUAAAUUCUCUGGAAGAUUUAGCACAAAUGCCACAAUGGACAAAUGAAAGACCUCUGCGUAUUGCGACUGGAUUCACAUAUCUUGGUCCAAAGUUUAUGGAAGAUAGAGGCCUGAAGCACGUUUGUUUCUCAACAGCUGAUGGUGCGCUCGAGGCUGCUCCAGCAAUGGGGAUUGCUGAUGCUAUUUUGGAUCUUGUGAGCAGUGGAACAACUUUGCGUGAGAAUUAUUUGAAAGAAAUUAAGGAUGGGACUGUUCUACAGAGCCAAGCUGUACUUGUUGGAAGCAAGAAAUCUUUGACGCAACGCGCAGGUGUGCUUAAUAUUACCCAUGAAAUUCUUGAGAGACUCGAGGCACACCUGAGGGCCGCCGGCCAGUAUACGGUCACUGCCAACAUGAAGGGGAACAGUGCCGAAGAAGUGGCUGAGAAAGUUCUUGGUCAAGCAUCAUUAUCUGGAUUGCAGGGUCCCACUAUAAGCCCGGUAUACUGCAAAUAUAACGGCGAGGUCAAAGUGGAGUACUAUGCAAUUGUCAUAUGCGUCCCUCGAAAGGCUCUUUAUGAGUCUGUUAAACAGCUCCGAUCUAUUGGUGGUAGCGGAGUGCUAGUUUCUCCCCUUACCUAUAUUUUUGAGGAAGAGACCCCAAAAUGGCUGAGACUCCUUAAGAAACUCGGAAUGUAACUAUUCAUUUUAUUGCAGGUUUGAUUAUCUCCUUAUUUUAGAAUAAUGUCUGCUUAGUUACUCGUCAAAAACUCUUUAUGUUUGAAAUUAAUUUAUGCCGACUGUUGUUUAAUUUUUCAUUGAUUAAAUUUUGCAAAAUUUUGGUUUCUUUGUUCCCUGUUCUCUACUCUGAGAAUUUUAUGCUGUAUUUCAUGCGCACUAUUAUCUGAAAUUCAGAUUCAAUAAUAUUUGAAUUGCCA